AUGCAGCCCAAUACAACAAGUCCUCGCGACCAGAACAACAUCGAUCCCGCGAUUUCAGGUGCUGCAAUGCUCAGCGGCCCGCCACAGACACCCCCCCAGCCGGAGCCCACGGGCCAGGAGAGUCCGAAGACGUAUGGCAAGCGACCGUUGUCGACCUCCAAGCGCGCUGCUCAGAAUCGUGCCGCACAGCGAGCAUUCCGCCAGCGAAAAGAAAGUUACAUUCGCAAAUUGGAGGAGCAGGUGAAGGAGUUUGAUACUAUGUCGGAGGCUUUCAAGGCGCUGCAGGCAGAGAACUAUCAGUUGCGCGAGUAUAUUAUCAAUCUUCAGUCGCGACUUCUGGAAUCCCAAGGCGAGGUGCCCGAGCUCCCAGGAAACAUCGACCUGAGCCAGCCACGAACCGACUUGAAUGUACCGCAACCCGGUGCUGGGCCUGCAACAACGUCUUCGUCGGCGCCAGCGCCGCCCUCCGGAGCUCAACAAGCGCAGCCGCCUCAGGGGGCUGCGUCCAAUGACGACAUGAACUCCCUGAACCGGAUAGCCGUGGCCGGCUUGGGGAUGCGCAAGCAUCCCAACGAAGAGGCUAACUACCUUGGCAACAACUUUACGGGUCGUCGAACGCGUCCUGACGAGACUCAAGCUGACUCGGAAGUGACAAAGACAGAGCAGGCCCCUCAUGGACUUCCCAUGGUCUCAUGA